AUGCUACCUCCUGCUCUUACCAGCACAUACAAACUGUACAAACAAGACACAGAUUAUGUAGCGACUUGGUUAGCACAGACAGCUAAGGCAUAUGGCUAUCCUAAUGCGUUAUUAGAGAUUGUCGACAUGGCGAAGCCUAGCUCAAAGCGUCUGAAGGGAAAAGCAAGGAAAGAGGCAAAAACCAGAGGCGCUAGCCGGCCUAUGCAAACACAAAAGAUCCAAACGUACAUCUUGGCCACCAAGGAUUUUGUCCCACUCGCUGCUUUCAUUGCAAGUCGAGCGGAUCCCGUGAUUCACGUCCCUGAUCUCAUUAUGAGCAUGCUUAAUCGGAUUAUAGAAGCGAGAAUUCAUUAUGGCCAGCAAUUGAACGAUUAUGGUGGCCAAACUACUACUACCUAG